CGUGUCGGCUGUCGGUGUCGCGUUAGUCGAAGCGAUUACAUUAUCCGUGUUUUAUGUAUUUUUGGUGUAAUAUGAAGUGUUUUUUACCGAUUUCAUAACAAUAGACGCUUCUGACAAUGCAGGGAUACGUUCCCAAGCUACACAAUUUCCUUUAACGUGCGUUUGUGUGUGAAAAUCGGAGUCAUGUUAUAGUGCAGUGUUUUUUAACUUUAGUUUAGGGAAAAAACAUGGAUGUAUCUUUAGAUAAGGAUUGGAAAAACAAGCUUGGAUUUCAAAUUAACUUCAAAUCGGAUUCAGAAGAAGACCCUGACGUAGCAGAAGUCGUAAUGCGUCGCCCGCCGCCGUCGCGUCGCUCCACCGAAUUCUUACUCGACGAUGUCGGCGACGGGGCGGAGGCGGACCUGCUUAGCAGCACGCCGCCGAGAGCGCUUAUCAGGAAAAAGGAGAAGGCUAGAAGAUGGUGUGUUUUUGGCAGGGAGAACAUUGACGAGGCGAGGUUCCAGAAAAUGAUGCGUGACAGAAGAAACACAACCGUUUACGUGUCUUCCAACGAUUCUCCUGUCAUACCAGAGCGUUUAAAAAAACGAUGGAGCUUAAAACGAUCCACCGACAGAGACUGGAAGAACGAGAUGGGACAACGAGGAGAACCCAAAGCAGACUCGCUGCCCCUGAUCGAGACACCGGCCGUGCCUACUCUGGUGGAAUCCUGCAGCCGCUUCAUGUCCCUUACCUCACGCCUCAAAUGUCGCGCCUCGCACGCCGAGCGGGCGGACGAGAGAGAGACGCCACAAGAACAGCUGCCAGAGUCCCGGGUCAACUUCCACCGUACAUUCAGCAUGCUCAUUAACAUGGGGAAUGUGGAUAAAGGCUGUAGAAGAACGGUGAGUUUCUAAUACAUUCAUAUAAGCAGAGAAGAACAAGUAUGGCAGAACGAGUUAAAAGACCUGAUAUGGCUGGAGCUGCAAGCCAAGGUAGCCGGCCGCACGCUGGCGCAGCAUGAUCUCUUCCUAUGUUCUCAGAGGAACGUCAUACCCACUUUGAUUAAGAAUAUUAUUGAUUAUAAGUUCGUAAAUCCGAAUCCGUGCAAAGGGCGGUCGAAGCGGCUCUGUGCGACCAACGGUUCCCGCGAAGAUCUCACCAACGAAGACCCUGAUGACGAGACAGAGGAAGACAAACUCGGCUGCCUCUCUUUCGACUGUCGCCUAUGCUCGUCCGCCAUCGGCGCGGCCAUGACGGAAGUUCGCACCUUGCUGGAGUCCUUCCACCGCGCCAGCGCUCUGUACCCCUCCACGCAGGCCAUGACCGCCGACCACAAGCUGCUGGCCACCAGUCUGUUUCAGAACAGGAUCAAGGCGCUCUGUUUGUGGUACAACAUGGCGAUGCAUAUGCGACUGAAGAUAUUGUCAGUCCGGCGUCUUUUGGCCACCGUCGGCGCCAAGGGCCGGCCUGCUUUGCCCGAGGACUAUCCUUGUGUCGAACCUAGCAUGGACGGAGUCCGCAGAGAUCGCGACGCAGAUCAAUGCAGCCAGCGCCAAGUGCGCUUCAACUGCGACAACCCUACGAGCUCCACCAAUAGCGACGAGAGUUGCCCCACGGAGAACCAAUCAGAGGUCGAGAAAGAACCUCUCGGCCAAUCGGAGAGUGGUGCAGAGGAGUCAGGGGUGGCGCAGAGUGAUGGAGAGAAAAAUAAAGAUGAGACUGAUUGUGUUAUUAGGACAGAUGAAAACGGCCAAACUACACCCGAGAUCAUAAUCUCCGACGCUAAGUACAGUACCAACGACACCAGCACGUCGAGUGAGAGCGGAUAUAUGUCAGAAAGAGAAAGAUGGUUCAACUGCAGUUCACCUGAGUCUGUGUUCAAUGUUGGGUCGUUGGCCGAUCUGACCAGGUUGAGGCUGCUGGAGAAAUGCGAUGUUUCGCCUUAUAGAGAGUAUCACUACGAGAUCCUGAAGAUCCAGGGAGUGCGUCGGUCGAUGAUGUUCAUACACAAACUGCGCACCAAGUUGCUCAACAAAGUCUACCUCACGUUCCUGCAGCCUGAGAAUACGUUGGACGAAUCGAGUAGAGAAGAGGAUCCGACGGACGCUUCAGACGAGAAGGAUGACAAGGCUCAUAGGGCUAGGGAAGGUGAAGACGAACACGAGUUGAGGAGAUUCGGGUGCUGGUCCGAGGAAACCCUAUCAAUGGGGUUACCCUCGUACCGCAACCACUUCCUGCUGCUCAGCAGUAUUUGCAUGGAGGCCGUGCAUGACUACCUCACCCUGAGGCUCGAAGGCCGACCGGAGCAUCCCUCUUGUCUCACUAUAAAGCAGCUAAUCCACGAACUGAAAGAGGGUCUGGACAUCGCGACGACAAUGCGGCAAGCGUUCGUGGGGAACAUAGAAGUGGCGUUGCGCGGCUGCCGCGCCGGACAUGCGGCGAGACAGGACCUGUUACUCAUCAUUAAGACCUUCGAUGCCAGCGUGGAGGAUGUUUUCAAGCAAUACCUAUCCUACUUAACUGCCAUGUCUGAAGUCGAGCACAUGCCCCGCUCGAGCUUGGAGGCCGAAUGGAGCUUCGUGGCUCGAGUGGCCGAGCGCGGCUCGUGGGUCAAAGACCUCGCGCCUGUCGCCUUCACUGACAUCGCGUGUAACCAGCUGAAUAGAGUAAUGAAACAAUUCGAGGCUAAAAUAGCAGCAAUCGACCAAGUAAAUAAGCCCGAGCCGGACAGAUACGUGUUCUACACGCUAUGCCGAGAGGCGCAGAGCGUGUUCGCUAGCGAGCGCGAGGCGGCGCUGCAGGCCGCGGCCUUCGCGCGGGCGCUCGCCUCGCACCACGCUCGCGCUAGCCCGGACGCGAGGCGCGCCAGGCGGAGGAUCUAUGAAAGUCUUUUCCUAUUACGUGAGUGCAUCGUCCGACACACCAUGGAAAUCCUCGAGCAUGCCAGCAAGAGCCCUCCUGAAGAGUAUAUUCACGAGGUCACAGAUGGAGUCGUGGCUAGGGUCAGAGACCUGCUGCUACAGAUAUACAGACUUGGCUUCGAGCUCCACCGCGAAUGCUACAAGUUCGUGCACGGCAACAAGCCCGCGCCGCGCCGGCAGCGCCCCGCCUCGCUGCAGCCCCCGCGCGCGCGGCAUGUGCGCCCGAGGCGUCCGGAGACCAUGCUUGUGCAUGAGUCCGUCAAUCCUAUGAUACACAAGGAGCUACACCGCUUCGUGAAAGAGUGCCGUCGGCCUCGCGCACCGCGCUGGCUACUACGCUCCGAGUCCGUCACUGAGGACGAACCAGAAGGGACCUUCGCUGAGAUCGACUAUCCUGAAAUCAAGACCCAAGUCUCGAUAGAGGAGCUCCUAGGCUCCCCCCCACCGCCGCCACAACCCCGGGUCGAGCACGAGCCACACACCGACGAGGAAGCCUGGAGCGCGGCGGUUGCUCGCGCUAUAGUGUGCUUCGCGCGCUGCUGGAUGCGAUUUGUUUUAGAGCGAUGCGAGCGCGGCCGCGGCCGGAGGCCUAGAUGGGCGAGUCAAGGGCUAGAGUUUCUAAUGCUAGCAUGCGACCCUUACAACACGAGGCAUCUCAGCGAUGAAGAAUUCGAGGAGCUGAAACAUCUAAUGGAUGGUUGCAUUUCCCACGUGAUUGGGUCGCGCGGCACGACCAAAGGUUCGGACUCCGAGCCCUCACCGCGGCCCCGACAUCGGUUGCACAGUCCAUUGCCAAGCCAGACGGGUGCUCCCAAAGAAAGCUUGACGCCAUCGACGCCGCCGGGAGAGCCCGAGGCGGCCCCGAACUUCAACAUAACUGACCUACAUGCUCGCACGAGAAGCGUCAUGGAAGCGAUAAAGAAAUUAGACAUGUCCCGCGACGCGGCCUUACGUUCGAUGAAAGCUGUUGGACGAGUCGCCGAACCGGCCGUGACACACGACUACGAGCCGCGAGUACGACAGGUCACAUUUAAAUGGCAGCGUGGACUUAAAAUCGGCGCUGGCACUUUUGGCAAGGUGUACACCGUAGUGAACACGGAAACGGGUCAACUUCUCGCCAUGAAAGAAGUGAGCAUCGCCGCGGGCGACCGCCGGGCGAUGCAGCGCGCGGCCAACGAGCUCCGCGUGCUCGAGGGGGCGCAGCAUCCCCAUCUAGUGCGGUACUACGGGAUAGAGGUUCAUAGGGAGGAAAUGCUGAUCUUCAUGGAGCUAUGCGUGGAGGGUUCUCUAGAAACCCUGAUCGCAACAUCUGGCGCAUUACCUGAACAAACAGUACGGCGGUAUACAGCGCAGCUCCUCAGCGCAGUCUCAGAGUUACACGCGAGGAACAUCGCGCAUAGGGAUAUUAAGAGUGGCAACAUAUUCUUGAUGAACGAAGGCCACUGCCUGAAGUUGGGCGACUUCGGGUGUGCGGUCAAGAUCCGCGCCACCACCACGGCUGCGGGGGAGCUGCAGGGAUACGUCGGCACACAAGCAUACAUGGCGCCUGAGGUGUUCAUGAAGUCGGACGGGCACGGGCGCGCCACAGACAUCUGGUCGCUCGGCUGCGUCGUCACAGAAAUGGCUUCAGGCAAACGACCGUUCCCCGAAUAUGACAGCAACUACCAAAUAAUGUUCGUAGUCGGCAUGGGCGGCCGACCGGACAUACCCGAGUCACUCUCCGAAGAAGGACAACAGUUCUGCUUGCUCUGUCUCACACACGACCCGGACAAGCGACCGAAGGCUGAGGCCCUCAAGCUACACCACUUCCUCAUGGUGAAAAACGACGAAUGCUUCGAAUGCCAGCCGGGAAAGUUCCUAUAAACCGCGAUUUCGACCUGCUAUCAAAAACUACCAUCACGUUCAUAAGGGUACGGCCUUGUGGCGAGCGUCCAGCGGAGCGUUCGAGUAGGCGUGCAGCGUGGCGUCGAGCGCCGAGCUUCACAACUUUUCUACAAUUAAUAGAAACAUUAAAAUAUUAGGAAAAGGUAUUUUUAAAACUACUUAAACGGAAGUAUGAAAAUGAACAAAUGCAUUUAUAGUUGUUUUUUUUAGCAAUGGACUUUUCAAUUAUGAAAUUUAAUUUUUAUAUAUGUAGUAAUAUUAUCUAUAUGAAUAAUAUCGAUGAGCUUAGUCUUUA